AGCACUAAAGCAACUAAAUUUUAAUUAGCCAAGGCUGCUCAAGUCAACAUGCAGUCAACUUCAUCAUCUUCUUACAUUAUGCGCAGUAAUUGUCUUCCCACACCACUCUUCACUCUUCUUCACCAUGGCUAAUCUUCUCUCAUUUCUCUCUUUUUCCCUUCUCUUCCUUCCCUUUUCCAUCUCUUCGUCAGCAAAGUACACCUUCCCUCAAAAAUACUUCAUCAAUUGUGGUUCACUGUCCCCCCUCAACGUCAGCGGCCCCACCUCCACCACUUUUUCCGCCGACUCAAUCUCCGACUCCCGCCGCAGUCACUCAGUUAAAGACCGCACAACUUCUACAGUGUUAGCUGGAAUUUAUAAUACCGCCAGAAAAUUCACUCGAAAUGAAUCAUACGAACUUCAAAUUGAUGAAACUGGCGUUUACGUGGUACGUCUUCAUUUCUUUGCUUUUUCUGACCUUUUCGAUGCGAAGUUCAACGUUUCAGCUUCGGGUUUUUUGCUCUUGUCGAAUUUUAGUAUACCGAAAAACGUAACUUCCCCUGAUAUCAAAGAGUUUCUCCUCCCUGUUACCGGUCCUAAUUUGAAAAUCACCUUCAUUCCUUCUCAAGAAUUGUCUUCUUUCGCGUUUGUUAACGCCAUAGAAGCGUUUGUAACUCCUCAACGUUUCAUUGAUGAACCUACUGCCUAUGUAACUGCACAAGGAAAGAGUAAUGGUGGUACGGAGGAUUUGUCCUCAAGUGGUUUAACUGUAAUGCAUAGGGUUAAUGUUGGGGGUUCAAAAGUUACCCCCCAAAAUGAUACCAUGAGGAGAAAUUGGGUGACUGAUGAUGAUUAUUUGUUUUUGGCGAGAACAGCAAAGAAUCAUACAAUGUAUAGUAAUAGGCCUAAAUAUUAUGAUCCAGAACUAGGAGGGGCUACUGAAUAUGAUGCUCCUGAUUCUGUUUAUAAAACUGCCAAAGAAAUGAACAUAGAUGUGGAGACUGCCAGUAACAACUUCUUUAACAUAACUUGGCUUUUUCCUGUUAAGAGGAAUGCAACUUUUUUUGUACGCCUACAUUUCUGUGAUAUCGUUAGUGCUAAUCGGAAUGAUACGGUAUUCAAUGUGUAUAUAUAUGGCCUGUUUGGUCAGCCAAUUAGUCCAUAUGAUAGGUAUCCAGAAUUGUCAGCUCCUUUUUAUGUUGAUUUUGUGGUGGAUUCAGAUGGUUCUGGUUUUAUGAAUAUCUCAGUUGGCCCUCGGAGUGAUUCAAAUAAUAAAAAUGCUUUUUUGAAUGGGUUGGAAAUCAUGGAGCUGAUUAAUGGACAGGAGGAAUGGGAAGAGGGGAAUGGAAAAAUCAACAGUUUGUUGAUAAUCGUCGGUUCUACAGUUGGUGGUGUGGUUCUCAUCGUUGUUUCUCUAGGGGUUAUCUUGUUUUGUUUGAAAUCAAGAAAAGUUACAAAUGCUGUUGAUAACUCCAAUUGGCCAAUGGUGAAUGUUUAUCCAGGAAGUACACAGAGUAGGACUACUGCAAGAACUCCACUUGGCAGUACUACUCCUGAUAUGAACCUUGGGUUAAAGAUAUCUUUUGCUGAGAUUUUACAUGCUACCAAUAAGUUUGAUCCCACAUUUAUGAUCGGGGAGGGUGGUUUUGGGAAAGUUUACAAAGGAACUUUACACAAUGGUGUUAAAGUCGCUGUGAAAAGAAGCGAGGCUGGAAAAGGCCAGGGUCUUACGGAAUUUCAAACUGAGAUAACGGUCUUGUCCAAAAUUCGCCAUCAGUAUCUUGUUUCAUUGAUUGGAUACUGUGAUGAAGGAUACGAGAUGAUACUUGUUUAUGAGCUCAUGGAGAAGGGAACUUUGAGAGAGCAUUUGUACAGUUCGAAUGAAGACCUUGGUAUGUCAUCUUCACGGUCAAGAUUAUCGUGGGAUCAAAGGCUUCAAAUUUGUAUUGGUGCAGCUAAUGGUCUACUAUACCUUCAUACUGGUUUAAGUGAGCCAAUUAUUCACAGGGAUAUUAAGUCAACAAACAUCCUUCUUGAUGAACAUUAUACUGCCAAAGUAGCUGAUUUUGGACUUUCCAAAUCAGGUCCCCCUGAAGAAACACAUAUUGUUACUAAUGUUAAAGGUAGCUUCGGUUAUCUUGACCCCGAGUACAUGAAAUCAAUGCAACUGACUCAAAAGUCUGAUGUCUAUUCUUUUGGAGUUGUACUUCUUGAAGUGCUUUGUGCUAGACCAGCUGUCGACGGUUUGCUUCCAAGAAAUCAAAUAAAUUUGGCUGAAUGGGGACUUACUUGGCUAAAAGAAAAACAGCUAGAGAAGAUAAUUGAUCCAUUUCUUGCAGGUAAAAUUAACCCAAACUCCCUGAGGAAAUUUGGGGAGACGACAGAGAAGUGCCUGCAAGAGAAUGGCACUGAUAGGCCUAGUAUGAUGGAUGUGGUGUGGGACUUGAAAUAUGCUCUACAGCUUCAACACCCUGCAAUGCCUCAAGAAUCUUAUGAAGAUAGCACCGCUGAUGAUUCAUGGCAGUUGGCAUUGCCCGGUAUUAAUCGCUUACCUUCUAUAGAUGCAAGCACAAGUUGUGUCUGUGUCAGUGAAAGCGGCGUGUUUUCACAAUUGAAGAUGGAUGAAGCCAGAUGACUUUUGGCCUCGCUGUAAUUCCUCCUUCUGUCUUGAUGCAAUUGUGCAUCAAAACAAUGCUGCAACUAUAUUUCUUGAGUUGCUGUUCAUUUUUUGUUCCAACUCCGUCUUCAUUUUUCUGUUUUUGCUGUUCUGCAUUGGAUAACAGGCAAAAUGCCUCUAAAAUGCAUCUGUAUUAAUAGUUAAUAAUGUUGAUCAUAAGGUCUUGAUGUCGAUUUUAAUAUUAAAAGUCUGUUUAUUCUCCUA